AACCUCAGCCAGCCGCGGUAGCCGGGUCCUUAAAAACGGUGCGCGGGCGGGCUCUGGGGACCAUUCGAAGUGGGGAGUCCCGCCAAGCUGGAGAGCGGAGUCUGCGCGGGGGCCGAGAGUGAACGCGCCUAAGGGAGCGAGCGGGUGGCCGAGCCAGGCGGAGUCGGGUCUCGGAGCUGAGCGAGCGAGCGAUCGGAGCAAGAACCUCACUUGGAGAGCACCCGCAGCCGCCCCGCGCACCCGGCCAGCGACAGUCUCCGGCGCCGCGCGGCCAUGGAGACCAGCAGCAAGAAGCUGACCGGCCGCCUCUUGAUGGCCGUGGGAGGGGCAGUGCUUGGCUCCCUGCAGUUUGGCUACAACACUGGGGUCAUCAAUGCCCCCCAGAAGGUGAUUGAGGAGUUCUAUAACCAGACGUGGAUCCACCGCUAUGAGGAGAACAUCCCAUCCACCACCCUCACCACACUCUGGUCCCUCUCCGUGGCCAUCUUUUCCGUUGGCGGCAUGAUCGGCUCUUUCUCUGUGGGCCUCUUUGUCAACCGCUUUGGCAGACGGAACUCCAUGCUGAUGAUGAACCUGCUGGCCUUUGUGUCUGCCGUGCUCAUGGGCUUCUCCAAACUGGGCAAGUCCUUUGAGAUGUUGAUCCUGGGGCGCUUCAUCAUUGGCGUGUACUGUGGCCUGACCACGGGCUUUGUGCCCAUGUAUGUGGGGGAGGUGUCUCCCACAGCCCUUCGUGGAGCCCUGGGCACCCUGCACCAGCUGGGCAUUGUCGUCGGCAUCCUCAUCGCUCAGGUGUUUGGUCUGGACUCCAUCAUGGGCAACGAGGACCUAUGGCCCCUGCUGCUGAGCAUCAUCUUCAUCCCAGCCCUGGUGCAGUGCAUCCUGCUGCCCUUCUGCCCUGAAAGCCCCCGAUUCCUGCUCAUAAACCGCAAUGAGGAGAACCGUGCCAAAAGCGUGCUGAAGAAGCUUCGUGGGACAGCGGACGUGACCCAAGACUUGCAGGAGAUGAAGGAGGAGAGUCGGCAGAUGAUGAGGGAGAAGAAAGUCACCAUCCCAGAGCUGUUCCGUUCCACCGCCUACCGCCAACCCAUCCUCAUCGCCAUGGUGCUGCAGCUAUCCCAGCAGCUGUCGGGUAUCAACGCGGUUUUCUAUUACUCCACAAGCAUCUUCGAGAAGGCAGGAGUGAAGCAGCCAGUGUAUGCCACCAUCGGCUCCGGCGUUGUCAACACCGCCUUCACUGUCCUGUCGCUGUUUGUAGUGGAACGGGCUGGCCGUCGGACCCUGCACCUCAUCGGCCUGGCUGGUAUGGCGGGCUGCGCUGUGCUCAUGACCAUCGCACUGGCUCUGCUGGAGCAGUUGCCUUGGAUGUCCUAUCUGAGCAUUGUGGCCAUCUUUGGCUUUGUGGCCUUUUUUGAAGUAGGUCCUGGCCCUAUCCCAUGGUUCAUUGUGGCCGAACUCUUCAGCCAGGGCCCUCGCCCAGCUGCCAUUGCUGUUGCUGGCUUCUCCAACUGGACUUCAAAUUUCAUUGUGGGCAUGUGUUUCCAGUAUGUGGAGCAACUGUGUGGUCCAUAUGUCUUCAUCAUCUUCACUGUGCUCCUGGUUCUAUUCUUCAUUUUCACCUACUUCAAAGUUCCUGAGACUAAAGGCCGAACCUUUGACGAGAUUGCUUCCGGCUUCCGGCAGGGUGGAGCCAACCAAAGUGACAAGACACCUGAGGAGCUAUUCCAUCCUCUAGGGGCUGACUCCCAAGUGUGAGGUGCCCCCAACCAGCAUCCUGGCCUGCUCCCAGCAGCCCCCAAGGAUCUCUUGGAGCACAGGCAGCUGGAGGAGACUUCCAAGCUAGACUGAUCUCAGCAGAGCUGGGCCUGGGGCUCUUCUCAGCCAGCAAUGAUUUCUAGAAGAAUAUUCGGGACUUUAACAGCUCCAGGAUUUUAACAAAAGCAAAGACUGUUGCAUAUAUCUAUUUAGACAGGCAACAGGUUUUAUAAUUUUUUUUAUUACUGAUUUUAUUAUUAUUUUUUUAUCAGCCAGUUUCCUGUACCCACACCUCUCGCUUCACCCUGAGUGGUUCAGUACCUGAGGGUGGAGCCCAAGCCCUGCCUAGACACUUGCCUCCUUUGCUAAUCUAUAGGGCUGGACCUAUGACCAAGGACACACUAAUCAAACUACGGACUAUGAGGCUUCUCCCCUCAUAGCCUCUACAUUCUUCAAGGUAGCUGUGGCCACUCCCUUCUUAGACCUGCAUCUUUUUUACUAGAAGUCAGGCAAUAUUAGGAUUCACCCAUCCCCUGCUCUUGCCUGUUCUUGCUGCCCAGCCACCCAAAUUAAUCUUUCCCUGAGACCAGUUGGGAGCACUGGAGUGCAGGGAGGAGAGGGGAUGGGUCAGGCUGGGCUGACAGUUUCUAGUCUCCUUUGCACUGAGGGCCCGAUGAUCACCGUAAAAGGUGGGCCGUGGGAGGCUGAAAGCUCCUGCUCAAGAAGAUGUGGACACUCCUGCCUGCCGUGUAUAGAUGGAAGAUAUUUAUAUAUAUAUAUUUUUUGGUUGUCAAUAUUACAUGCAGAUACAAACACUAAGUUAUACUAUAUCUGGACAAACCAACUUGUAAAUACAUCACCUUACUCCUUCUUGUCACUCACCUAAACCUAUAAAUGGCUGGUUUCUAGAAACUCAGAUUUGAAGUGCUUGUGGAUAGGGAGACUCAAACGGAAUUUGGAAAUGCUAACUGUAGUGUUUUCACACUUUUUGAUUUGAGCUCUAGUCCCAGGCACCUGAUCCAUGGUCUCCCUGGCUCAUAAAUCCUCUGGCCUCUUCCCUCAUGCCAGGAGAAAAUCUUAGUAUCUUGGCCUUCAAGGCAUCCCAUUUUCCAUGACACAUGAGCAUCAGUGUUCAAAUAAUAUGAUGUGCUAAUCUUGAUGCUUAAGCCUGAAUAUGCAUUAAUUGUGAGGCAUGUGCUGUGCCUUUGACACUCAAUUUGCAUAUACGCUAAAAUCCCUUUUUUUUUAGUUGUUUUUUUUUUUGGGGGGGUGGCAAAGGUAACGAUGCCUGGAGGUGCUUAAAGGAUAUUUCUGGCUCUGCCUAAGCCUCAUUCCAGGCAUUGCUUGGGGGGACCCUAUGUGUUGAGAGGGAUCUAACCAGAGUUGUUUGCAUGCAAGGCAAGUGCCUUAUCCCUUGUACUGUCUCUCCAACCCCAAAUCCCUGCUUUUAACAAUGAUACUACCCAAUCCCUACCCUGCCUCCCAGCCCACCCACAUAAAAGCAAAAUAAACCACAUCCACUCCAUGAGCCCAAUAA